AUGGGUGUCAGCCAUUACUUGAUGAUAAACUGCGUGGAAUUCGAGUUCAAUAAGGCCAAGACCUUGACCAGCGUCAAAUACAACAACGAGACCUGUUGGAUGCCUCCCUUUUUUGACUUACCCGACAGUUUGAACGGGGAUCAACUGCAUCUGAUCUUUGCUCAAAGUUUAAAUCUGGCGGAAUGUGGAAUGAUGAGGAUGAACUUCGGUAGAUUUAUCAUCGAUCGAUCACAUCUGGGAGUGGGCUUCAUUUUAUUCGUAGUCGGUGUUUUAUUCUGGUUUAUUUCAUGUUACACUUUAAUAUUGUUGGUGUUGAAUGGGCGAGGAGACACCUUGUUCCAGCACUCCGUGCUGCAGCUGCAGAGGUUUCUCAAAUCGGAGCGAGUCGAGCCUGCUGUCAUCCACAAAGGCAUGGAACAUUUUACAUAUUGUUGGCUGAGAACCAAAGGAAUAAAUAUACAUCAACUUACUAAUGAUCGCAUUGGCGUUGUAUUUCGACAGGAUUUGAGUUAUUAUUUCUAUAAAAAAACUUUUACAAUCUUUGACUCCAUGUUCGGCGGUGGGGAAUCGAUACAGAGGCAGCUGGCUAGCGUGAGUGACGUAGCAUAUUUUCUGCCCGGACAUGAUAUUUUCAGAGAGAUGGAUAUCGUCCCAAAUGUCUGCAUUGUGCAUAGAGGAAGGGUCAACAUAUUUAAAGACGGAAGGAAGGUUAUCAUACUUACGAAGGGUGAUAUAUUCGGCCAGCUUCAGGGUGUAACGCUGCGUCCUAUUAAAGUGACGGCGACAGCUGAAGAUAAUGUUGAUUUGCUUUACAUAGAGGUAGCAGCCUUCCAGAGUAUCAUCACUGACGAGGUACUGUUAAAUCUACGUUGA